AAACAACAAUGGAUUACAACCUCGACUCUCAAACAGAUAUGGGUUUCAAAAAGUGUGUCAGAAUGUAAAACAUUUACAUAUUAACGAACUAAAUUACAAUUCAUAUGUUAAAUCAUCUAGUUAUAGACAAAAAUAUUAUUUUUUUGCAGAGGCUCUGAAUUGAUAUUUAAUAGAGCAACUAAAGUUUGGUUGUAUCCUGAAAUUAUAUAUAAUCUUUAUAUCAAAUUGUUUGACUAUGAAAAAUAUUAUACAAAUGUUCAAAACUUACCAAAGCAUGUAUGUGUAUGUGGGAUAUAAAAAUAAAUGAAAUGCUUUUUAAUUUUAAUUUUAAUUUUUCAGGUAAUCGAGAAAAAGAAAAACGAAUUAGCACAAAAAUUUAAAAAUAAAAUCAAGACAGGCACAGAUGUAAACGAUGGCGAAAGUGAGUGAUUGUUUUAACGAUAUACUACCGGAUAGUUUUUUAUUAACCAAACUGUAGGUGGUUAUCGUGUCAUCUGAGAUAUGUCAACAAAAUUGAUAAAUUUAAAUUCUGUAAUUGUACAAGUUAUUAUAACUACCAGUUUUUUUUUUAUUUAAAUUAUUUAGAGAAAUGUUAUAAAGGAUUAUUAGAAACUUUAAUGGACUCAAACGACGCCGAAUCGGGCUUGAGCGAUGAGGAUAUUAAGAGUCAUGUGAUAACUAUAGUAGCGGGUGUAAGAUCAAAAUACUCCAAAUACUUUNAAUUCUGUAAUUGUAUAAGUUAUUAUAACUACCAGUUUUUUUUUUUUUUUAAAUUAUUUAGAGAAAUGUUAUAAAGGAUUAUUAGAAACUUUAAUGGACUCAAACGAAGCCGGAUUGGGCUUGAGCGAUGAGGAAAUUAAGAGUCAUGCGAUAACUAUGAUAGCGGCUGUAAGUUUAAAAUACUCGAAAUAAUUUGCAACUACAAGUAAUGCAUAAUUUUUAUAUUUAUAGGGUUUCGAAACUACUUCAAUGACUGGUAGUUAUUGUCUUUUGUUAUUAGCUAUCUAUCCAGAUAUUCAAGUAAGUUAUUAAGUAGUUUUUGCUGUUUAAAUAUUUGAUAUUAAUAUCCGUUUCAAAAAUAUUAAUUUAAGGACAGAGUUUACGACGAAAUUUAUAGCAUAUUAGGUGACAGUGAUGAACCAUUUACUUUUGAACAAACGACUAGUCUAGUUUAUUUGAAACAAGUAAUACACGAAACUCUCCGUUUAUUCCCGACCGCACCAGUUAUGUUCAGGGAACUGCAAGAUGAUGUCACAAUUAGUGCGAACAUAAUGUAUAUUAUAUGGUGUAAAAUAAAAUAGUUUAACAAUUAUGUUUAGUUUCAGGUAAUCACACACUGCCGAAAGGAACAAUAUGCGGUAUGUUCCCUUUGAUUACACAUCGGAAUCCUGAGCUGUAUCCGAAUCCCAAGUCAUUUAAUCCGGAUAACUUUAAUGCCGACAAUGUCGCUAAACGUCAUAAAUAUAGUUUCAUUGCUUUUGGUGGUGGUCCAAGAAACUGCAUAGGUAUGAGAAAGUAAUGGACCUAUGAUUUUCUAAUUUAUUAAUCGUUUGUAUUUAAUUAUAGGAAUGAAAUACGGUUUAUUAUUCAUGACACUUUUACUCAGUGACGUUUUACGGAACUUCAGUGUGCACACAGAUAUGAAACUCAGUGAUAUGAAGCUAAAUGUAGGAAUAUCAUUACAAAAUACCGUUGGUUUCCCCAUAACCAUUCAAUCAAGAAAACAAAAGUAAUAAUGUAAUUUAAUAAAGCCGAAAUGCUUACCUGUUAAAACAAUUCAAUAAAUAAACUAGAAUACUAAGACGAAUUACA